AUGACGCCAGCAGGCGAUGUUCUUCGAACCCCAAAGGCCCACGGACUCUUCUUUUUCAUCGGUGUCUUGCUUCACCAGUUUCUCUUUCGAUAUGGAGAACGGGAUCUCUCGGCGCAGCGGAUCAUUACCCGCUUCUGUCUCGCAUAUGCAGUGACUAUCGGUGCGAUCAUGUCCGGGCCGGUACUUACGUCCAUGACGAUAUAUCUGAUUGAGACGACUCGAUUUACCGAAGCAAUGAAGACAGCAACGGUCUUGUUUUCAUCGCUCAUAAUAGGGGUCUACUCGAGCAUGAUGAUUUAUCGAGGCUUCUUCCAUCGACUGCAUCGAUUCCCGGGCCCUUUCCUCGCGAGAUUCACCAACCUCUACAUAACCUUUAAGAUCUGGAACAAGAUGCACUUACACGAAGACAUUCGAAAGCUCCACGAGAAGUACGGUGAUGUAGUACGCGUAGGCCCGACAGAGCUCUCCAUCAACAAGCCGGGCGCCAUCAACGCCGUGUUCCUGGAUACGGAUUGCAUGAAGGGGCCCUGGUACAACCUACUUCACCCCAUGGUCUCGAUGCAGAUGGUACGCGACAAAGAAGCGCACUCGAAACGUCGGAAGGCGUGGGAGUACGGCUUCACAUCGAAAGCUCUUCGCGACUACGAGCCCCGGAUCCUCAAGUACACGGACCAGCUCCUCGCCGGCAUCGAAUCCCGCGCCGGCACGGCCUUCAACGCGGCGCUCUGGUUCAACUUCUACAGCUUCGACGUCAUGGGCGAGUUCUCGCUCGGCCGCGGGUUCCGCAUGCUCGAGGACGGCGCCGCGCACUUCUACAUGGACGCGCUGCACGACGAGACGCGGGCCGUCGGGCGCUUCACGCACGCCAUGUGGGCGCUGCCGCUGUACCGCGGGGCGGCGGUGUGGAACGCCGGUGUGAGGCGGUUUAAGACGUGGAUCGCGGGGGAGGUGAGGCGGCGCAUCGAGAACAAGCCCGAGAGCGCGGACAUCUUCACGUGGGUGUUGGAGGACUAUGAGGCGAAGGGGGAGCGGUCGGCGCAGGAUAUGUUGAACCUGUUUGGUGACUGCAUUCUCAUCACUGUGGCUGGAAGUGACACCGUCGCCGCGGUGUUGUCGUGUCUCUUCAUGGAGCUUGCGCGCCACCCGAAGGAAUACCGUAAGCUCCAAGAGGAGGUUGACGAGUACUUUCGCCAUCACGACAAACCCGUGCAUGCGCCGCUCUCCAAACUGCGGUACCUCCAGGCUUGCAUCGACGAGUCGCUCCGACUGCAUCCGCCGGUGCCCUCGGGGGUCCAGCGCAUGACGCCGCCGGAAGGGCUUCAGGUGGAUGAUGUGUGGCUGCCGGGAGACACGAUUGUGUUUGUGCCGUCUUACACGCAGUACCGCGAUGUUCGAUUCUUCGAAAGGCCGGACGAGUUCAUCCCGGAGCGCUGGACUGACCGGCCGGAACUCGUCAAGAAUGCAGCUGUCUAUGUGCCGUUCUCCACAGGCCAUGAUGUAUGCAUCGGAAAGCAACUCGGUCUUAUGGAGACCCGGUUCGUGACGAGUGCGAUCGUGCACAGGUUCAACGUGGAGUAUGCGGAGGGCCAGACUGGAGAGAGCUUCCUUGAAGGUAACAAGGACACGGGGACACUUACCGUCGCCCCUCUCCAAGUUAUCUUCACUCCUAGGAAACCUUGA